AUGCUUGCCAACACGUUCGUCGCCGGUGUGACGCCGUCGUACCCGGGCACGCCCGCGUUCCCCACUGCCUAUUCCGCCCAAGUCAAGGAGCGGAUGAAGGAGCUCGAUGGGUUGGACAUCCCCGACCUUGACCCGACCCUCGGCGGUGCGACACGCAAGGAGCACCCGGCGGCGUCCUUGGACCUCGUGCGGGGCAUCAACCUCAACAAUAGCCCGUCGACGUACACGCCGAAGGUCCUGGACUUCCUCGAUAAGCAUGACCUUCAUGCGACGUUCUUCGUCGUCGGUUCCCAUGUGGUCUCAAACCCCAGGUUCCCGCCCGCGUCGCCCAAGCGCCUCCCUCACCAUGUCACCUGUGUUGCUUACCUCGGCCUCGGCCAUGUCGCCCCCGUUAUCGUUUGCGCGAUUUGCAACGUCCCCCAUGCCGUCCAACAAUCUCUGCAACAAACGGCAUAUUUCCAGACCGCCAAGAUUUGUGUCAACGUCUCCGGAUGUGACCGGACGAAGGAAGUGCAAGAUCUCGCUGAACGUUGA